AUGAUAUUCAAAAUAAACAAAAAAAAAAUUAAAAAAGGGUGGAGUCCUUUUAUCAUUAUCUCAAUUCCCUUGUGAAAACCCAAUUUCCUUUUCCAUCUUUUUAGAUUUUUGUUCCCGUAGAUUUUCUCUGCAAGUUCUGCUAAAAAAGCCAUGGCUAACGCAGCUUCUGGAAUGGCUGUGCACGAUGACUGCAAGCUGAAGUUUCUAGAGUUAAAGGCUAAAAGAACUUACCGCUUCAUAGUAUUCAAGAUUGAGGAGAAACAAAAGCAGGUUGUUGUGGAAAAGGUUGGUGAGCCAACUCAGAGCUACGAGGAUUUCACUGCAAGCCUCCCUGCUGAUGAGUGUCGAUAUGCUGUGUAUGAUUUUGAUUUUGUGACUGCUGAGAAUUGCCAGAAAAGCAGGAUUUUCUUCAUUGCAUGGUCUCCUGACACAGCAAGGGUGAGAAGCAAGAUGAUUUAUGCAAGCUCCAAGGACAGGUUCAAGAGAGAGUUGGAUGGUAUUCAAGUAGAGCUGCAGGCAACUGAUCCCACUGAAAUGGGACUUGAUGUUAUAAGAAGCCGUGCCAGCUAAAUGGGAGUCUCAAAGAGGCAGGAAUGGUGAUAUUCAAAUGCUUUCUGCUUUUGCUUUUUAAGUGAAAAUGUUAAUAGGUUGUUGGGAUGGGGUGUUGGGGAGGGGGGGUUGAUAUCGACCUGACUGAAUUAUGAUAUUGGUUUGUUGUUCAAGUUCUAUGUUAAAGUUUUUGUCUAGAACAACUUUAGAACUUUCCAUUUAUAUAAUUUUUUAUGUUUGGAAGUUAUAUGACGAUGUCUUAUAGUCGAAUCGUUAAAAAAAGUCUUAUCUUCUUCAGGAGUUGAUACACCUAACAGAGCGGUGCUCGAAUAAAAUGGUGGCCUGCUUUAUU